CGCCGUUCCGGCCGCCAACAUAUCGCUCCGCUCGCGCACUGGCGGGGCGAGAAGGUCGAAUACCGGCGCGGGGUAUACGGUACGGAAAUCUCGGGGGUCGUGCAUGUUCCGGUCGAGCAGAGUCUGCCGCUUGCGGGCGCGGCGAAGCGCCGGCGGGCUCGGUCGAGGAGCAUGAGUGUCCGGCCGAAGGGCGGGCGCGGGGGCGGUGGAGGGGGAGGGGUAGGGGAGAAUGGGAAUGGGGUGUGGGUGCAUCCUGAAGCGGGGUGGGACGAUAUGACGCAGCCGCUGGGCAAGGUGAUUGAUUUCGAGACGGGUUUGGAGACUGAGCGACGUGUGAUGUAUCCCGCCAGACUACUCAACCCCAAAGUCGUCGAUGGGGAAGGCCACUUUCGGUAUCAGAAGGUGUUUGGGGAUGAUGUGUAUAUGGCGUCGGGGAUAUUGGAAUUGCCGGCGGGGACGGGGAUGAAGCCUGAAAAGUCGAGUAAAGACAAUUCUUAUUCAUUCUACGUCGUCCAAGGUGCCGUCAGGAUCACGCUACACCGCACGUCCUAUAUCCUCGCUCCGGGCGGUAUGACCCUUGUUCCCCGAGGCAACAAAUACUCCAUCCAGAACAUCUCGGAGAACGACGCGGUCCUCUUCUUUGCUCAAGCUCGCAAAAUC